GUCUAUGUUGCCACUGUGCGGCGUCGUGUCGGACCUGCCCAACAUUUCCUCAAACAGUCCACAAAUGGUGGCCUGGCUUUAGCAAACUCCUCGCCAUUGGUCCUCGCAGCUGCCGUCCCGACGCCUCGCCCUCUUCACAAGCGAAGUGAUAACCAGAACGAAAGCAGAGAUGUUUCGGAGCCAAGUGAUACAGCUGUGAACUCUGUCGCGAAUCGUUUCCGAUUUGUUUUCCGGAUUUUCAGACCCUUUGUGUUUUGUUUUGUUGUUUUUGUAUUUUUUUUUUUUUUUGUAUUUUUUUUUACCAAUGUCUUCGCUGAGGUUUGUCUACUUGGACAGCGUGAAUGAAGCAGCCUUGUUAUAAUUCUAGACCGUAUGCCGAGAGAAAAGCGAGGUGGAAGAAAGAAAGAAACAACAAUAGAAAAAAGAAAAAGGCUGUUUGGACCCGGAGGACGAAGCGCCUCGCUUCCGGACCUGUGAGGGGUAUCUACACUCAACGUGACAUUGAUAACUGAUAGGAGAUAAAACCGAGGAUAAUCUGCGGCCGGGGAUAGCCCCGACAAUCUGCUGGCGUCGAAAAGAAGAUAAAUUAGUUUCCGUGGUGUGAAUAAAACACUACACAGUGGCGACGCUGUCUCCAGGAAGAAAAAAGGAAGAAGAAAAAAGAAAACACCACGGUUCAGGAUGAACCAUCUAACCUUCAGUGAGCUAUGUUGCCUGUUCUGCUGCCCACCGUGCCCCAGCAAGAUCGCCUCCAAGCUGGCCUUCCUCCCUCCAGAGCCCACCUACAGCCUCAUGUGCGACGAAAGCGGCGGCAGAUGGACGCUGCACCUCUCGGAGCGGGCCGACUGGCAGUACUCGGCGCGAGAGAAGGACGCCAUCGAGUGUUUCAUGACGCGCACCUCCAGAGGGAACCGCAUUGCCUGCAUGUUUGUGCGCUGCUCACCCAACGCCCGCUACACUCUGUUGUUCUCCCACGGGAAUGCGGUGGACCUGGGCCAAAUGAGCAGUUUCUACAUCGGUCUGGGCUCCAGGAUCAACUGUAACGUCUUCUCCUACGACUACUCGGGCUACGGAGCCAGCUCUGGGAAACCUUCGGAGAAAAACCUGUAUGCAGAUGUGGAUGCUGCAUGGCACGCACUGCGAUCACGGUACGGCAUCCGUCCCGAGACUGUGAUCAUCUACGGGCAGAGCAUUGGCACGGUGCCCUCGGUGGACCUCGCCUCUCGCUACGAGAGUGCCGCAGUCAUCCUCCACUCCCCGCUCACCUCUGGCAUGAGAGUGGCUUUCCCUGACACCAAGAAGACCUACUGUUUUGACGCCUUUCCAAACAUCGACAAGAUUUCCAAGGUGACGUCGCCAGUCCUCUUGAUCCACGGUACCGAGGACGAGGUCAUCGACUUCUCCCACGGGCUGGCGCUGUACGAACGCUGCCAGCACCCGGUGGAGCCCCUCUGGGUGGAGGGCGCCGGACACAAUGACAUAGAGCUCUACGGACAGUACCUGGAGAGGCUCAAACAGUUUGUUGCACACGAGCUGGUCAACUUAUAGAGCCGCUUGAAAUAAGAGAAGCAGGAAAGGAAGCUGCAGUUUUACAGACAGCCUGACUUUAUCGUUUUUGAAUUAUUAAACGGAGAAUCGGUGUCUGUCUGUCUGUCUUCAACUGACUCGGUGGCGACUCUCUUCACUUAGUCGAGACGCUCUCCCCCCUCGCUCCCCUCAUUUGGCUUUCCACAGGAUUACCCUGAUCCUUCCCCCCCCCCCCUCCCCCCCACUAGAAACCUCACCUCCACAAAAAUCCUUUUUUUUUUGCUUUUAGAUCUGCUUAUGUUGGACACUGCAGUUUGCGACUGUGAUAGGAGGGCGAAGAAGACAUGUGGAAGGACAAUAUUGGAGUUAAUACAGUAAUUACAAAGUAAUUAAGUGUCAUAUUCUGUUCCUGCCUUAUAAGAGAAGGUUUGUGGUUCUUAAUGGAGACUUGCAUUCCAGGAAAUGGCCUUUCUACAGACUAAUUAGUCUAAAUCGACUGAACUCCAUAUUAUCCUAAUCACUGCGUCUGAAUAUUGGUUCCAUCUCCUCUGAGGACUCCCAUUUGUGUUUUAUUUUUUAUUUUUAUUUUUACAGAACAUGUCAGAUUUGCACAUAUUGUCACUUAAGAGUUGAACUAGACAAACUAACACUUUACCCAUCUGUGCCAGUUUUGCCAAAUGUUUUAAGACGUUUCAGAACCCUGUGUAAAUAACGAAGAGUGCAACUUGCCGUCAUCUCCGUGUCUCUGUAAAAUGUAAAUGGUACAGCUUGGUUAUAAAUCCUUUAAGUAAAGACAGUGAUCAGCAGUGAGAGGGUUUGGUUAAAUGCCUGAGAGUUGGUUCUUUCCAGCCACUUGAAAGGAGAUUGAUUUGAAGUAUUGUUGAUUUAAGACACCCAUCCUCACACUGCUGGACGUAAUAGUCCAGCAGUGUGAAUGCUGGGCACAUCUGUGGACAAAAAUCUGACCUUUUGGUAAUAAUGAUUCACCAGUAUAUAGAAAAAAACGAUUAUGAAUCCCAGUUGUGUGCAAGUUCUGCCUCUGGGUUUUAAUGUAUCGAAAACGGCAAAUAAUAAUGAUAUGUCUACUUUAUGUAACUGGGUUAGAUUAUUGUACCUUUUUUUUUUUUCCUAAUACACACA